CCUCUCGACGCGCGCGCGUCGGCAAGUCAAAGUUGUCUGUUGAAAGCGCUAGUAGAUGUAAUUUAAGUAAGAUAAUUCGUUGUUAGGAAGGAAUUAUUGUUGAGAAAUUAAGAUAGGUAUGUCCAAAAACAAGUUGAACCUCACCCUUCCAUCAAUAGCAGCAAAUGUGAACGGACCCGAUGCCACCAGCCCUCCCAACAAGACACCUUCCGAUCCCGCGGUGCACGCCAGCGUCGUGAGCGGCGCCUACUCGGAGGAUGUGAUCGCCAAGAUGCAGCAGAUGCAGCUGGAUGACACGACGCGUCGCCGGCUGGAGAGCUUCCUGGAGCAGAAGCAGCGCGUCGGGGGUCUGCUGCAGGCCGAGGACCUCGAGAAGCUGGGAGAGCUCGGCGCCGGUAAUGGAGGUGUGGUCAUCAAGGUGCGGCACAAGCCCACCGGCAUCAUCAUGGCUAGGAAGUUGAUUCACCUGGAGGUAAAGCCGGCCAUCAAGAACCAGAUUAUGCGCGAGUUGGAGGUACUCAAUCAGUGCUUUUCGCCGCAAAUCGUCGGCUUCUUCGGCUCCUUCUACAGGUAGGUGGGAAACCCGCUCAGCGUACAACUCUGAGCGCCCUUGUGGCAGCAAAAUGCACUUACAUCUAUCAAGCACGCAUUGGGCCGUUCUUGGUAAACUUCGAUCUAGCAUUACACCUACAAAACCUACCAUUACACCGGUAAUGAUUUCCGUUGUAACAGCACACCGGUGAUUUAGACCUACCAGUGAUUGGCAUCGGAGCAUUAGCCAGUGCUGCC